UUCGAACGUUGUGCGGGCGAGCUUUGCGUUUUAGUUCGAACUGAUCUUGCAAGCAGAAAAAUCUGUGCACAAAAAUGGCUCUACAUGUACCAAAAGCCCCCGGAUUCGCUUCGAUGCUCAAGGAAGGAGCACAGGCGUACUCCGGUCUUGAGGAAGCAGUUUUCCGUAACAUCAAUGCUUGCAAGGAGUUCGCCAGCUCGGUCCGAUCGGCGUACGGCCCAAACGGCAUGAACAAGAUGAUCAUCAAUCACAUCGAGAAACAGUUCGUCACAUCCGACGCCGGUACCAUCAUGCGGGAGCUAGACGUGGAACACCCGGCCGCAAAGCUGAUGAUUGAAGCGAGUCAGAUGCAGGAAUCGGAAGCCGGCGAUGGCACAAACUUUGUUGUUAUAUUCUGCGGCGCCCUGCUCGAGGUUGCAGAAGAGCUCCUCAGGCUGGGUGUCACUAGCAGCGACAUAACGGAGGGAUACGAGAACGCCCUCCAGAAGUCACUGGAAAUUCUACCCACGCUAUCCUGCCACGAGAUUAAGGACUACCGUAGCCUGGUACCGGUGCGGAACGCCAUCCGAGCGACCGUAAUGUCGAAGCAGCUGGGCAACGAAGACUUCCUGGCUGAUCUGAUUGCGAAGGCGUGCAUUUCGAUCAUGCCCGAAAAGACCACGUUCAACGUGGACAACAUUCGCGUGUGCAAGAUCCUCGGUAGCGGACUGCAGAUGUCCGAGGUGAUUCCCGGAAUGGUGUUCAAGCGUUUCGUCGAAGGCGAGGUGACGUCCGCGACGAAGGCAAAAAUCGCGCUCUACUCGUGCCCGGUCGAUAUCAUCCAGACGGAGACGAAAGGCACGGUGCUGAUCAAAUCGGCCGAGGAGUUGAAAAAUUUCAGCCAGGGCGAGGAGAACAUGCUGGAGGCACAGAUUAAGGCAAUCGUCGAUACCGGCGCGAAGGUAAUCGUAGCGGGCGCUAAAUUUGGCGAUAUGGCUCUCCACUACAUGAACAAGUACGGUCUGAUGGCGGUGCGAUUGAACUCGAAAUUUGAUCUGCGCCGUCUCAGCAAGGCCGUCAAUGGAACGGUUUUGCCGCGUCUGACUCCACCCAGCACGGAGGAGCUCGGAUACUGCGAUAAUGUGUACGUGCACGAGCUAGGUGACACGUCGGUGACGAUCUUCAAGUCAGAGGGCACGGAAAGUCGUAUCGCCACCGUCGUGAUUCGCGGUUCCACGGAUAACUACAUGGACGACAUCGAGCGCGUGAUUGACGAUGGUGUUAACACGUUCAAGGGAUUGACACGAGACGGUCGCUUCCUUCCCGGAGGUGGUGCGGUCGAGAUUGAACUCGCUCAGCAGCUGUCCGAGUACGCGGAUACGCUGCCCGGCCUGGAACAGUACGCGGUGCGCAAAUUCGCCUCAGCCCUGGAGUUCUUCCCCAAAGCGCUGGCCGACAACAGCGGUGUCAACGCGACGGAGGUGGUAAGCCAGCUGUUCCUGGCGCACAAGCAGGGAAAGAAGACGGAGGGCCUCGACAUCGAGUCGGAACAAGCUGCCACCAUCGACGUGACGACAAAGAACAUCUUCGAUUUGUUCACCACGAAGUACUGGGGACUGAAGUACGCGGUUGGUGCUGCUUGUACGAUCCUGAAGGUGGAUGAGAUCAUCAUGGCUAAGCGAGCCGGAGGCCCGAAACCGCGUGCCGGUGGUCCCGGUAGUGAUGACGAAUCUUAAGCGAUCGGUAAACGUGCGGAAUUCGUGCUAUUCGCGGAUGUUCGCUUAUAUUCGAGAUUUGUCUCUUUUGUUUUCGCAUUUUCCAUGCAUAAUUAUCCAUACUUUAUUUUCAUCACUAACCCUCACGUAACAGGAUUUAAGAUUAGUAUGCACUAUGCGCACCUAAAAUUAAAUCGUAAGCCUUUUACUGUCGCAUUCAAACCCGUGAGACGCGUGCGAUUCAUUUUCAUUCUCAUUCGCGAAAAGCGAUGUUCGAUCGCCAAACAUGCCUAAGGCUGCGAGCAGCUGAUCCAGCAUUGUAUUAGCCUUUGGCCAAUUUUCCUGUGUGUGUACUGCUAUUACCGCAUUCACUACGCUCUCAUUUGAUGGAAGCAGUAAAGAUUAAUAAAAAAAACUUAAUU